UUCAUCAUCAUCAGUCUAUUUACAGCUUUUCAUUUCGGCAAGAACAGCAAACACAAACUGUCUCAAAAUGAAGGUAUUCAUCGCUAUCAUUGCCCUGACCCUUGCAAUGGCUUCCCAAGCAUCGUACAUUCAGGACACAGCUGCCUAUUCAUCGUGGCCAGUUAGUACCUCUGUGUGGCCACCGAAUGGAGUCUAUGGAAAAGGACUUCACAACGACUGGUCAUACGCUAACGCCAACAACUGGAACGCUUACCCUUCCGUCAACUCGUGGUCUUCUGCUUGGACUCCCUACGGAUACAAUAAUGGCCUUUAUGGUCGCAAGACCGUUGUUCAAGCUAAUGUGGCCAAUUCGGCGUAUCCAUGGGGACUGCCCUGGGGAACUUAUGGCAAUGCUGGAGUCUACGGAUGGGGACACAAUGGUGGCUACCUGUCUUCGGUUCCAGUGUCCAAGCAGAUCGCUGCCACUGAUGGAUUGAUUUACGCUACACCCUCAGUUCCAUAUGUUGGAGAGAAAUUGAUUGUUGCUUAAAUAUGAGGGUCUGAAUAAACCCUUCUUGAAAUUACAAUGUAUAUCUGUUUACCACA